AUGUUUAGACGCAUGAAUCGCGAGGAACACUUUUCUGGUGUGCAGACGCAUCCAUCCACUCCCCCCGGGCAUGGAGUGGCCUCUCUCCAGCAACCAAACCAGGAGCGCUCGUGGAUGGGCAUGUUCUCCGUGGUUUCUAGGCCUGCCCUUUCAUUUCUGCAAAAGUAUAUACCAUGGCGCCCUAGGACUCCUGCCCUGCCUGACAAUGUGACAGGGUGGGUCAGUGGGGAUUUCAAACAAAACUUUGUAGAGGCAGAAAGUUCAUUUUUAGGACAACUUGACGAUGUCUUGUCUGGAACGCAACACCGUGCGCACCACCUAUCGUACCUGCAAUACCAGCAUGGUAGCCCUGGGCUAACAGCGUCAGAUAAUAGUACUCCGAGUUGGUUGACAGCAGAUUCUCUUUGCGAGUUAGGGAUUCAAAAUGCUGCUGAAAUUGACUUAAAUAUAAGGCAACAAACUCCGGUAGGAUACCUCGCAAUCGCGAGAGGUUUUCUCAGUAAUGUUUUGUUGAACGCAGCGUCGGCUCAGGAAAUGAAACACACCGAGCAAGGGCAUGUCCUCGGCGGGGACAGUUGGUCAUCAGACGCGGUGUCAGCCAGAGAAAAUAGUACCGCUGGUAACUGGUGGGGUGGACUUUGGGGAACCGGUAGCGCUCAAGGGUGGCUGUCAAAAUUGUCGUGGAGCAAAGAGUGCACUGGGGCAAACAAUCAAAACAGCAACGGCCAUUGUUUUCAACCGGAGUGUGGUACAAAGGCUACCGUUACCAAGCCAACAUGGCUGUUGGUACAGUGCGAAGAUUGCGAAAGCACUGGACCCUCCUGCCACAAAGAGGAGCCAACGGACAAUGGAAUCCUUCAGACGGCCACCUGGCCAGAAGCUCUCCCUUGCCCUGACAGUCUCUCAUUAGAUCACCAGGAAACAGUCAGUAUCAGUGAUAAUCUUGUCAGUGUUGGAGCUGUCACUGCCUGCAGUGAGGUGGCAGUUCUGACCCCUGACCAGGAUAAUGGCUAUUCCAGUCUGGAAGAAGAACACUCCACCUCCAGACUGUACAUGUUGAGGCCUCACAUUGAAGAGCUACAGGGGAUCACAGAGAUGAAGGAAGAGACCAUCACGCCUGACACACCAACACAGGGGAGAUCUGAAGAGAGCGGGCCAGAGAGGGAGGCAUCCAAGCAGAGAGAAGGUGGUGAGACUGCUGCCAGUGGAGGGAUGGAAUUAGAGGAGGAAGAAGUUGAGGACUCCGACAUCUCAGACUCCGAGGAAGAGGAAACGGCGGCUGAGGAUCCAUCAGUGUCUGCCGCCGCUCUGCCCCCCUCCACCCCCCAGUGCAGUAACAAGGCCAUCGCCUACAUCAUGGGCAGCCCCUUCAGCGACGACAGCCAAUCAGACGACUCAUUCAGCGAGGAGGAUGACGAUGGUUUCGACAGUGAGGGCUCGUCAGACUUCUCAAAUUCCGAGGUGUUGGAUGACGAUGAUGAAGAGGAGGAUGACUCUGAGACUGAGAGACUUUGGAACUCACUGUGCCAAAGCAGGGACCCCUACAACCCCCAAAACUUCACCGCCCUCCUCAACACCACCCCCAGGACCACCCCCUCCACCUCUACAGCCACCACAGACUGCUCCCCUCACACCUCACCCCCAGAGCAACCCCCCUCUCCCCUCUCUUUUUCUUCCCCCUCUCCUGCGGAGGGGUUUGACUCUGAGUCCAGCAGCAGUGAGGUGGAUGAGGCUGAGAGCCUGAGGCUGUGGGACUCCUUCAGCAACACCUCAGACCCCUACAGCCCCUUCAACUUUCAGGCCCUGCUCAGGACUAGAGAGCUAGCCGGGACCGGGGAAAAAGCAGGGACAGGGGCGCGCUGUAAGAGGAGCAGCAAGACAACCCCCCGUCAUGGACAGGGCCAGGGACAGAGCCACUCACCCCCCCAGUACAGGAAGGAGGAGGCAGAGGAGAGACUAGACAGUGGCUUCUCAGAGACCCUUCCCACCCCAGAGAUCACCACCACAGGCUGCGUCACAGUCAAAAAGGUCAGUAGGCCUAAAGAAAGCCACACACUCCUUGUUAUUCAUAUGUUCCUCAUUCUGUUUUUAUAAAAUGGUAGGUCUAUUCUUACAUUAUAUCAGUCACAUUGUCAUCCAUGGACAUUGGUCGCUCACAUGACUGUAGUAAAAUGUGAGAACCUGGCAAUGACUCCUAAAAUUGAUUGAUUGUCCCACUCAGCAGUCAGACACUGCUGGAGGCCAUUUGUUAAUGAGUCGCUGAAGAGGAAGCAUUGUUUUAUCUCCUGUAGUGUAUUUACAUACUGCCUCAACACAGUCUGAUGGUGCCAGCUGGUUUUCCUGACUCCAUGACUGGCUUGAUGUGACCAGAGUUUUUCUAGAUCACUUAGGCUCAUGUGGUCUGGAAAGACGUGUGCCCCCCAUUCAUAAAAAAAAAUAUAUAUAUAAACAAAUAAUUGGAGCUCAUUGUUCAAACUCCUUAUCCAACGUGGUUAUCACACAGUCUUUGGACUGGAUUGUUGUGGGACAAUUCUGACCUUACCACAUUCUCUAACUGAUGGAUUUAGAACAUUGGAGUCUAUUAGUCACUCAGCAUACAGAAAGGGGAGGAGUGAGGGUGGGUGUAAAUGCUUUCUCCAGUAGCUGUGCAUUAGCUUUUCUGUUUUUAUGUGUAAGUAUUCCUGUCUGACUGCGAGUGAUGUAAACCUAUGCAACAACCCUUUCCCCCUCUCUCCUUUGAUCAGCAUAUUUACACCAGGGACACCAGAGUCCGAGAGGCUGGGUGCACUUAGUGAAAACCUCUAGAGCUCUGUAUAAUGUAAUAAAACGUUUUUCAGUUUGACAUUCCCAUUGAAAUGUGCUGUAAUGCUAUGACUGUUCAGUCAGUCAUAGGGCUGUAGCUAAAGCAGCACAUUGACCGCUGUUAGACAGAUGUGAGUGAAGGCUCUAGCUAAAGCAGUAGUAAUACUGUAACAGUACAACGUAGGUAAAUAGCACAGAGCUGUGAAACGUGCCUGUCCCAGUCAGUAAAAUGGAAGAUAAUCACCAUGAGAGUAGACCUAGUCAUCCAUGAGCACAAUCCCACUGCUGUCUUUGAUAUGGUCUGGCUGUAUUCUCCAUGCCCUUUGUAUUACAUUAUCCCCCUAUUAAAAGCACACAACUGCCAUGUUACUUAGCAACGGUGAUAACUGAGCAAGAGCUAGGGAGGGAAAGAUCGAGAAAAUCAGAUUUUUUCUUCUAUGGCUCGAAGCGCUGGCUCUUAACGUUCUCGCAACGCUUCCACAAUGUUCUCCCAACCCUCCAGCCCAUGCCGAGCAGAUUUCAGUGUCUUCCAUCUGUAAUAACCUCCACUCUGAUAGUGUAUGCUGGUACUGGUAGCCUCAGUCUCCAAGCCUCAGUAGGCUGCCGCUUCUGGAGGAGAUGUAUUGUCUCUGUGAUGAGCUAUGGGCCAUCCAUCACACAGCCAUUUCAUGGUGCUACCAGUUCGAUCCCCCCCCCAGUGAUGCUCUAGGGGUAUAAAUCUCAAUCAUUUCAUGGUUCUUAGAUGGCCUAGUUGAGUUUCUUAACUGGAUUAGGAGUGACAUUUGAAAAAAUGCAGAGAGCAGUGGAGCACGUGUGUUUUUCAUUAUGUGUGUGAAUGUCAGGGUUAGGUCUACCGUUUAAAAUGGAAGUGUCUUUUUUGGUGGGGGGCAUAAUUGUAGGUUUGAGUUUUGGAUGCUUUAUGCACUGCAGUUUCUCCUUUCACAAUAUUGAGUUAACCUAGUUUGCUUUGGAUAUUUCCUUUAGUUAUGCUUAGGCAUUUAGCUACUACUUCUGUGUCCAGCUGAAAUGUAGUCUAGUGAGUUGUAAAGUUUACCUCUGUGUUCAUUCUAUCUGGCCUGCAGAUGUUUCAGUGAGAAGGUUCUAGUCUGUGGUGAUGUAUGUAGUUCUCUCUCACCAGGUGGGUUUCCGUGACGAGGUGGAUGAGUUCUACGCCAGCGAGGACGAUGAGGACCGGCGUGGGCCAUGGGAGGAGCUAGCCAGAGACCGCUGUCGCUUCCUCCGCCGUGUUCAGGAGGUGGAGGAGAGCAUUGGCUACAUCUUCAGCCCCACCUUCCGCCUCACAGUCUACCAGAGACUACAGCACCACAGCUGA